UGUGUGUGUGUGUGUGUGUGUGUGUGUGUGUGUGUGUGUGUGUGUGUGUGUGUGUGUGUGUGUGUGUUCAGAGGGGGCGUGGCCUGUAAACUACCUGCAGCAGGUAGCUUCGGGUUACGUGCUGCUGUUCAGUCGCUGUGUUGUUUUUGAAGCUGCCUCACCUCCACCAGCAGGUGAAGGUCCCGUGAUGUCAGGAUGCCCCGAGUCCCAGCAGACCCGCCCUCUUCAGGAAGUGACGGAGAGGAAGUGAUGGAUGUGGAGCUGAUUCUGGAUCUGACCGAGUCUCCGCCGGAGGAGGACGAAGAGGAUGAAGAGGAGGACGGCAGCUGGAACCAGGAUGAAGACCUGCAGGGAUGUGGACAGCUGGAGAGGAGGUGGGUCCUCUGGCACGAGUUUAUGAAAGAACACGCCCACCUGGACGCCUGGCUGCGAUUGGCCGAGCAGACUGUCAGUUCCCAUAACCCCGCCCACGUCACCUAUGUCACUGCGAAGGAGGAACUGAGGAGGUUUGAGCGACUGCGGCGCGAGGCGGGAGGUCGCCUUGUCCAGUUGGACGAUCUGUCUCGGAGGAAUCGAACGCUGACUCGGCUGUUCCAGGGCGCCAUGCAGGCUCGGCUGCUGGCGUCGGCGAGGGAGUGCGGGCGGCGGUGGGACGACGUGAACACCAAACUGGAAUCCAUCACCGGGCGACUGAAGCUCUUUGUGUCGGAGUGGGAGGAGUUCGAGGCGGAGAGGGAGGAGCUCGCUCUCUGGUUGGCCGACCUGGACGUCCGUCUGUCCGACGUCGAUCACCUGACAGGAAACACCUGCGAGAAGCUGAGACGCCUCCAGUCCUUCCAGCAGUGUGUGUGCGUGAACUCGGGCCGUGUGAACGCCCUCCUGCAGCGCGGCGAGGCGUUGAUCCAGCGCAGCCAACCGACGGACGCUCAGCACGUAGAGCGCCGCCUGCUGGAGCUGCUGCGCCGCUGCAGCCUCGUCUACAACAACAUCGCACGGACACACACCCGACUGCUGAGCAUGAGACUGGUGUUUGAGGAGGACUGGAUUCUGGGUACAGACUCUGGUUGCCCCUCAGAGAGUCUGUUAGAGGAAGAGGGAGCUAAAGAGCCACCCUCACCCGUUCACCUCUCUCCUCCUCCUCCCUCUCCGUCCUCGCCUACCCAUGAGCACCUGGGGCUGGAGUGGGACCCCUCUGUCGAUAUCGGGCGUUCGGUCUCCCGUGACGACGCCGACUCGUCGUAUUUCAGCUCCAACGCCGGUCUGUGUCUGAAGAGGCGGAGCUACCUCAGCUCCCUCGGCUCUCAGUCGAACAUCAGCAACGACAAUCAGGAAACAGAUUUGGUUUCUGUGCAGCGAUUGGACGGAUGGUUUGACCACGCCCACACCCGUGUCUUCUCGCCAGUGGCGAUCCAGAGCGGCGGGACCCGGGUGAGCGGAGACCAGUGGGCGACCUCGACGCCCGACAGACAGGACAGCGAGCCGGUCGGCUUUGACGGCGGGCGUGUGAGGGCGUGGCUUGGAGAUCAGAGCCCCGCCCCUCCAGAGAGGAAGACUUCCUGUUCCAAAGCGGUGCAGACGGACGGCGAGGUGAAGUUUUACCUUGAAGGAAGCCAACGUCACCAUGACAACACUCAACAGCCAUUUCCUGACCCCGUCCCUUCACAGUCACGUGACCUAAACCCCUUGUGUGAUUGGAUGAAGCACCAUUAUCGAUCAGAGCCUCUGGAGCGCUCUGUUCUUCAGGCUGAAGAAGAGCCGUCCUGUUGUGAAGAAGUUGAGCGUCUUCUCUCCGAACAAAGCGUGACCUCCAGCAGCAGAGCCCCUUCCUCCCUGCUCUCCCCAGCCCUCCUCUGCCUCCUCCUGGCUGCAGCUCUGGUUCUCCUGGUCUGUCUGAUCUGGGUCCUGGAGCCACCAUGUCACCGCAGCAGCAGGUGGCGUCAUAGCUUCCACCUGACGCUGAGGUACGUCAACGGGCCGCCGCCGACAUGAAGACCUUCCAAAAACUCUAAUAGAGUUUGGACAACGCACUUCUCUCAGGCUCUGCAGAACGGAGGUUUGAAACUCAUCAUGUAAUGUCAACGAUUUGCUCAUUUCAACUAACCACCAGGACUCAAACAUAGAAGAUCUGACAGAAAUCUGCAGGUUGAAAAAGCAGCAUAAAUAGGCCUUGAAUCAAGAGUGUCAAAACAUACUUUUAUAAUACCAGAAAACAGCAGUUCUGGAUUCAUUUCCCACCGUUAGCUAACUACAAAUUAAUCCCCUUCAUGGGUUAAACUCAGGCUGAUGUAUUGUUUUAGUGCACACUUAACACUAACACUGACUGCCUUGUUCUGGAGCUUUUUCAAUUAAAAAAAUUACUCCAGAAAGAAAAAGCUACAGACUGGUCAAAUCUAAUUCAUAAGUUGAAAACCUUUUAAAAAAUACUGAAAAUGUUAAAAAUUGUGUCUGUCAGCAGCAACUUUUAGUUUUCAGUGAGAGAGUUUUUAGCCUUUUUGCUUACUUAUGGCUUCUGAUUGGAAACUAACUCCGGAAAACAGGAAACAAGACUAUAAUUCUACCAAGGGACCAAACUGAUACCAAAUAUGUUGCUGAUGCAGGCUAAUUUUCUACCAAAGUAGUUUUGGUGCUUGAACCAGUUCUGUUUAAGAUUCUUGGCGGUAUCUAGCAAACCAGCCGGCGUUUCCAUCAGUUUUGAGUGGAACCAUUUUAAUUGGAUGCGACCUGUAGAAUGUCAUAUGUUAAUUCCAACUUUCAGUUUGAGUUGCUAUAAUCCUCAAUUAUGUUGACCAUUAAAUUACAUUUGAAAUAUAUUCAGCACGUUCUCAUCCCAGGUUGUCCGACACAGUUUCGUCGUGCGUCUUACAAGGUACCCCUUAAAUCGUAGCAGUUCCCAUCCCUAAACACAAACCACAGUCUCCAAGUCCUAUGUUUGACCCAUCCAUUGACCCCAAACACCUCCUUACACGGACUUUCUCACUCUUUAUACGACACAACAUGGCAAUGAGAACAGAUGUCUUUCCUACUGGGAACUAAUGACAUGGCGGAAAGUGUUUUCAUUCAGUUUUACCCUUUGGUAGAAGAGUGUCCAUACCUUAAAAGAAUAUACCUAUAACAGAAUGUAUUUGAAGUAAUGGGAAGUUGUAAUAAUUAUAUAUUUUUAUGUACCUCCUAAGAGUUUUGGUCAGUAAAAGAAUUCAUAAAGGCCUUAUUUACCAGAAAGAUGCUACGUUAUUGUAGUAAAGGGGGAAAAGUCCUCCUUUCAUGUGGCCUCACACGGGGCACCAUAAUACAUUUCCUAUAAGCUUACAACAGUGGACACAACCCCCGCAAACGGACUCGUUUUAUUAUCUGAAUUUGAUCCAUUCGGUCCGACAGUUUGAAAAGUCUAAAAGAACUAAACAAUGAAAUCAUUUUGUCCCCUUCAUGCUAGUGGCGGGCUAAACUGGAAGUUAGCGACUUGGCCGGUGGUAGUCUUGACUUCAUGCGCCACUGAGCAGCUUAAUUAACCUGCCUCCAACGCUGUAUCCAGUUGUCCCUUAAAUACAUCUGUAAUGUUAGAUCACUUUUUAGCGGUGGCCAGGCUAAUACUGUCAGCUGGGUAGCACAAACAAAAAAAACUGUGUGCAUACAAUAUGUAGCAGGGAAUGGAAGUUGAAUGAGGAUUAAUAAUAGAUGUAUUUACGUGUAAAUAAAUAACAUUGUUUAUCUUAGAAACAUUGAUGGGGUUGAAAAAGUUUCUUAUCCUGACUGGUUUAUGUCUAUUUUUCCAGAUAGAAAGAGCACUAAACCUUUACGACUCAUAUUAUUGUGUUAAAAAUGUAAUGAAGAUAGUUAUGACAUGUUUAAACUGCUGUCUGUGCUAAUGUAGCUAAAGCUAAAGGAUGCAGCUAACAAGCUAGCUUAGUGCUUAUGUUAAAUGACUGUAACACUUUGCCAUUCAUGUCAAAAUUAUGAGAUAUUUUGUGCUUAAUAUGAAUCACUACCUGCCUUGUUACACCUUGAUAGCACUUGUAUUUAUAAUUCAUGAUGUUUUGUAACAAGUUGUAUGUCGUCUUAUAGGGGAAUGUAUCAGAGUCAACAUUUAUGCUAAAGGACUUUAUCUGUUUUAUAUGUUUUAGCCUAUUAACUCACAUAUCUGCACAUUACUGCUGACUUUUCCCCAGUGUUUACUGAUGUAGUUUUUACCGGCUGCUUGCAGAGACUCGCUGCAGAGAGAUCAUCUAUCACGGUUUAUUGUAAUCAAACUUGUGUCGUUGCAUUUUUCUAAAGAACAAUAAUUUCACUUGGACCAAUGUAAAAGCACGCAGGUGACGGAUUAUCUGUUUGCAGCUCGUUUCAAGUCUCUGCAAGUCGAUGUCCAAAGACGCAGAAGCAUUUGUGUUUUCAGUGUUUGCUUAAGCGGAUGUGUUCAAACACGUCAGUCUGAACGCAAUAACGGACACAAAGUGUAAUGUGAGUUUUUAAGCCUUGAAUUUAACAUUGACUGCCUUUAAAUGACCCUCAUAAACAAACCAUCAGAAAGAAGAUUUCUCUAUAAUCUUUUAACGUCUGCCACCGGGUCGGAUUCCCCUUGAGAUCAAUGAAACACGGCAGAUAAACACGACUGAUUUUGUCCACAAGGGGGCGCCAGAAUCACCACAACAAAGUAAUUUUAAGGGCUUAAAGUAUAUCUUAAGUUUAUUUAAGGGGCUCAAACAUAAAAAAUAAUCAUCUGAAAGGAAAGAAGUGUGAUGCUUUCUUGCUGUGGAACUCUGACUGAUUUUUACUUUAACUAAAGAAGGUGCUUCCUGGUUUGUUGUUUUGUGUUAGAGGCAAGAGUUUCGGUUAACCAGCAUCAUGUCACAGCUGUUAAGAGGCUGUUUUCAUCCAUCAACCCAAUGAAUUUAGCUCUUGGUUUAGACAACAGUGCAUCUUUCAUUCAACAAAAAUAUCUCUUUUCAUCUGAUCAUUGGACAUAUUUUCAUUAAAAAGAGCAGUUUGUUUGUUGGUGCUGCUGCUGUGACAUGAUGAAAACCCAAAUGUCUGACUUUCUCAGGGGAAGAUGUCAGUCCAGGUUCCCUAAAAAGUUUAUUUCAGGAGGAUUAAACUGUAGUUAAACAGUCCGUCAAUCGUGAAGACUGACAGAAUAAUUUAGAAGGGAACUUGGUAAAUCAACUGCCAUCUAAAACAUUUCACUUUUUAUUUCAGUAGAUAUUGUUUUAUUGUUUAAUAUUUCAAAAACGGUGAAUUGUUCUUGCUUUUCUACACGUGUUUGAACAUAAAUAAAAAUAAUUGUUUGUCA